AACCCAGAAACUCAAACAUGGUGGUGAAGAGCGUCAAAGAGAAAUCCGGUUCCUUUUUCCUCUCUCUGCUCAAAAGGAACGACGACCCAGGGAGAUGUUUUGACGACGACUACGACCAAGGGAGAUGCUUUGUCGGUCUCAGUUUCGGACCAGAAGAAGCCCGGAGGAUGGAAAGCUAUGCCUUUCAUCUUAGGGAACGAAACGUUCGAGAGAUUCGCAACGAUUGGGUUGCUGUCGAAUUUCAUGGUGUAUUUGAUGAAAGAAUUCAACAUGGACCAGGUUUCGGCCUCCAAUGUGCUCAACAUCUGGUCCGGUGUCACCAAUUUCGCACCGCUCGUCGGCGCUUUCAUCUCCGAUGCCUACGUUGGAAGGUUUUUAACCAUAGCCGUCUCCUCCGUCGCUUCAUUUCUGGGAAUGCUGACCAUAACUUUGACGGCAUGGAUCCCGGACCUCCAGCCGCCAAAAUGUCAACCAGAGUUGCAAUUACACGGCCACUGCAUUGGUCCAAGCAAGGCUCAAAUAGGAGUACUGAUAAUAGGGUUAGGCCUGUUAUCAAUCGGCACCGGUGGUAUAAGACCCUGUAGCAUUCCGUUCGGGAUUGAUCAAUUCGAUCCCACCACCGAGGAAGGAUCGAAAGGGAUAAGCAGUUUCUUCAAUUGGUAUUACACCACAUUCACACUGGUCAUAUUGCUCACACUAACCGUUGUGGUUUAUAUUCAAGACCAAGUGAGUUGGGUCCUCGGCCUCGGAAUCCCUACCAUCCUAAUGGCGUCUUCAAUCGUUUUGUUUCUCAUCGGAACGAGAAUUUACGUGCAUGUGAAGCCCCAUGGAAGCAUAUUCUCGAGCAUAGCACAAGUGUUCGUCGCUGCUCACAAGAAACGACAUCUUAAGCUUCCCGAAGUGGGAAUGGAUUGUGGUGCUUACUAUGAUCCUCCUUUAAAGGAUUACGUGUUGUCCAAGCUACCCCUUACUUACCAGUUCAGGUUCUUGAACAAAGCUGCGAUAAUGAUGGAGAAUGAUAUACAACCCGAUGGUUCGUUUAACCGAUGGAGGUUGUGCAGCGUUCAAGAUGUUGAAGAGGUGAAAUGCAUUAUAAGAAUCAUCCCUGUAUGGGCUUCUGGUAUCAUUAGUUUCACCGCCAUGGGACAACAGGGGACAUUCACCUUAUCACAAGCUUUGAAAAUGGACAGGCAUCUUGGCCCCAAGUUUCAAAUCCCAGCUGGUUCCAUGGGGGUCAUAUCGAUGAUCACAAUUGGGAUUUUCCUCCCGGUCUACGACCGAAUCAUCGUUCCGGCUCUCCGUAAAAUCACCAAACGAGAAGGCGGAAUAACGCUGCUACAAAGAAUCGGAAUCGGCAUCUUUUUCUCUAUUCUAGCCAUGAUCGCCGCCGGAAUGUUCGAACAAAAGAGAAGGAACUCAGCCACAUUGCACCCCGGUGCCCCACCGAUCUCGGUCUUUUGGCUAUCUCCUCAGCUUGUUCUCAUGGGCUUCUGUGAGGCAUUCAACAUUCUCGGGCAGAUCGAGUUCUUCAACAAGCAGUUCCCCGAGCACAUGAGAAGCAUAGCUAAUUCUCUUCUCUUUUGCUCCCUCGGUGGUUCGAGCUACUUGAGUAGCCUAGUAGUUAAUAUCGUUCAUCAUGUCACUGGAAGUCAUUGCCGCCCGGACUGGCUGACGAACGAUAUUAACACCGGCAGAUUGGAUUACUUCUACUAUCUUUUAGCAGUGAUGGGCGCUUUCAAUUUCGUUUAUUUCCUCUAUGUUGCACAUCGGUAUAGGUACAAGGUCCAGCUACAGAUAGAGUGGAAAUCAUCUGAACCCGAUGUUGAGCUAAGUUCGAUGAAACAUGAAACCGAAUAGGCUGAUGUAACGUUUAUGUAUACGAUAGGUACCUAAAUAUAUAUUAAAGUUAAAUAAAUGAUAUUUUGUAGUGUAUUUUUAA